CGUGAUCUCCAGCUUGAAAUAGGCUGCUGAUUUGCUACUUCCUGAUUUGAUACAAGUACAGGCGUAACAAUGUGUCAGCUAAAUGUUUUCAGUCUACUCUGCGCAGUUUAUGUCUUGAAUGCUGUCCGGGCAGACCUCCGCUUCGCCUCCUAUUAUGGCAGUCACAUGGUGCUGCAGAAAGCACCGGAACAGGCAGUGCUGUGGGGAUACGGGUCAAACGAGUACAAAGUCACUGUCUUUUUGGUAGGAGAACUAGAGUUCCACAGCCAAGUUGUGGAUGUGCAAAAUGGGACAUGGAGGGUGACUCUGCCCCCACAGACAGCCGGUGGCCCCUAUAACGUGACGGCUAUCCAGCAAGAUGCCCAGGUCACCCUGACGGACCUCCUGUUCGGGGACGUGUGGCUGUGUGGCGGGCAAAGCAACAUGGCCUUCCCUCUUUCUCAGGUGUUCAAUGCGUCAGCAGAGAAGGCUCAAGCAGCAAAAUAUCCGGACGUACGGAUCUUCAUGGCCGCCUUAGAGCUAAGCCAAGAAGAGCUGAUUGACCUGCGCAAGGUGCAGAUGCCCUGGUCUGUCCCCUCUGCAGACCUAGUGGGCAACUUCUCCGCAGUCUGCUGGCUGUUUGGGCGCUAUCUGUACAAGAUCCUGGGGUACCCGGUGGGGCUGGUGGAGUCCUGCUGGGGGGGGACCCCUGUGGAGGCCUGGUCCUCCACCCGGGCGCUCCAGAAGUGUGGCCUGGACGGACUGGAAAUGGAAGACAAGAGAUUCUUUUAUAUCGCCUCGUUGCCAAAUAAAUAUGGACCGUCACCAAAGAGAGAGAACUCUGUGCUCUGGAACGCCAUGAUCCACCCCUUCCUCAACAUGACAAUCAAGGGAGCCAUCUGGUAUCAAGGUGAGGAUAACACCGCGUAUCACCUGGACAAGUACGCCUGCUCCUUCCCCGCCAUGAUCGACGACUGGAGAGAGGCCUUCCACCUGGGCUCCGGGGGCCAGACCGCCCUGGACUUCCCGUUUGGAUUCGUACAGCUGUGCACGUACAACAAGAGCGCAGAGAGCGACAGCUUCCCAGAACUCCGCUGGCACCAGACGGCAGACUACGGCUUCAGCCCAAACCCCCGCAUGAAGAAUACUUUCAUGGCCGUCGCUGUGGACUUGCCUGAUGAAAAGUCCCCUUGGGGCAGUAUCCACCCACGCGACAAGCAGGACGUGGCCUACAGGCUGACGCUGGGGGCGCGAGCCGUGGUCUACGGCGAGAAGGGCGUGGCCUUCCAGGGCCCAUUUCCUGUCAAUGUCCUGCUGAAAGGAGACCUCAUCACCGUCACCUACACUCAAGCAGUUUCUGUCGCUCCGUCCAAAUCUGCAUUUGAGAUCUGCUGCACCAAAGAAAUAAAUCCCUGCAACUCCAAUUCAACAUGGCUGCCGGCUCCCAUAAUGCAGUGGGGCCACAGCUACGUCCAGGUGUCCACCGCCACGUGUGAGAACGCGGUGGCAGGCCUGCGGUACGCGUGGAGGGACUGGCCCUGUGACUUCAAAGCCUGCCCGGUCUACAGCGACGACGAAGAGCUGCCCGCCCCCCCUUUCACCAUAAACCGCUGGCCGUAGCACGGAGCAGCAGGAGAACUGAGCCAAUGAGCUACAGGGCUUUUUUUUACGUUUUCUUUUUCACUUUUUUUUUUGGGGGGGGGGUGGUCCCCAUUUGGUAUCACCAGUUGUGCCUCUUUAAUUGCGCUGUCUCACACGUCCGUUCCUCGAAUGUAUUUCUCUGUGAUACAGUGACUGUUCUACGAACAACAGACUGAACGGCGCUACAGGAAAGCUGCUGCCAGUUAGCAGGAGAGGUAGCAUCAAUCUCUCACUGCUGACAGCUGGUACCCUGUGGGUACCGGGCAUGUGGCUGUGAGAACCCAGCAUGCCAAUCAUCAGAGAAACCCUGGCCAGUGUAAAACCACCCUACCCCCUAGGCUGGUGAGACGGAUUGGGUGCAGACCUAUUGCUGCAGACGCCUGUGGUCAUAGUCUACCAAUGGCAGAGUGGAAAAAACCCUCUUGAACCUGGAGCCCUCUGCUGGUACUCAAUUUACUACAUUACAUUACAUUACAGGCAUUUAGCAGACACUCUUAUCCAGAGCGACUUACACAAUGUUUUUUAUAGCAUUUGCAUUGCACCCAUUUAUACAGCUGGAUAUAUACUGAAGCAAUGCAGGUUAAGUACCUUGCUCAAGGGUACAACGGUAGUGUCCCACCCGGGAAUCGAAUGAAGACCAGCUCCUUACCCAUUAUACUACACCGCCACUCUGUAAUAAUAAUCACUACCUCAAUAGUAAUAGUAAUACUUUAUUUGAUGACUGAGGUGAUUGGUGUUCUAGAAAUGUGACUAUAGUGCCAUAGUUCAGUGAACCAUGGAGGGUGAUCACUGGACAGAUUCCUGAGUUGAAGUCUUUUUUGUAAUGUGUUCAUACCAAAGCACAGCAUUACUGUGAUGUACCUCCUCACUUAAGACACUUUAUCAAUGUACAAUUUGCACUGUAAAUGAACAUUCUUGAAUAUUCUCUGUCAAUUGUCAGGUUUUUAUACUCAUUUGUAAAACAAAUGUACUACAAAGCAUGUGUGCUGAUUUUCUCAAUUGCAAAGGACAGAAUGAUGAACCUGCAGGUCAUGUUUGUAUCAUCAGUCUGGAUCUUUGCCCUUAAAUAAAUUUACUUGUAAAAAG